AUGUAUCUACCUAUCUAUCUGUUUAUAUCUAUUUCAAUCUGUUCAUAUCUAUCUAAAUCUGCUCAUAUCUCUCUCAAUCUGUUCAUAUCUAUCUAUCUAUCUAUCUAUCUAUCUAUCUAUCUAUCUAUCUAUCUAUCUAUCUAUCUCAGUCUGUUCAUAUGUAUGUAUGUAUGUACGUAUAUACGUAUGUAUUAUGUAUGUAUCUAUCUAAAUCUGUUCAUAUCUCUUUCAAUCUGUUCAUACCUAUCCCAUUCUGUUCAUACCUAUCACAAUCUGUUCAUAUCUAUCUAUCUAUCUAUCUAUCUAUCUAUCUAUCUAUCUAUCUAUCUAUCUAUCUAUCUAUUGCAAUCUGUUCAGGAUCUAUCUAUCUAUUUUUUAUUGGCAUUCUUUUGUUUAAUCGAGUAUAUAUUUUUUGUCGAAAAGAUGUCUCCGUACAUUAGUGGUAUCGUUAGGCGAAUAUGA